UCGUCGCUACGAGUCGAUUCACAAUUCGCCAAACAAAAAUGGUUGUUGCGUCGCCUUCGUAAAUUGCAUUAUUAUUGGUUAUGUAUGUGUAACCGGUUGCCGUGUUUGUGAUAUUCUUGUGACGAGCAGGAAGAAAACAAAUGCAAAAUGUUGGAAAUUCCGUUAAUGACAACGGAUGAGGUGAUUGAAUUAGAUCCGGAACAGUUACCGGCUGGAGAUGAAGUGCUCGGUAUUCUGCAGCAGGAGCGCUCGCAGCUGAGUGUUUGGAUCAAUGUUGCGCUUGCCUAUUACAAACAAAAGAAGAUUGAUGACUUCCUCAAAAUCCUGGAGGCGUCCCGUGUGGACGCCAACAUGGAGUACCGAGAUGUCGAGAGGGACCAGAUGCGAGCACUCGACAUGCUCGCCGCUUACUAUGUUCAAGAAGCCAAUAAAGAGAAAACUAAAGAUAGGAAGAAGGAGUUGUUCACAAAGGCCACUUUGCUGUAUACCAUGGCAGAUAAAAUCAUCAUGUAUGAUCAAAACCAUCUCCUUGGCCGAGCCUACUUCUGUCUGCUUGAAGGAGACAAAAUGGAACAAGCUGACGCUCAGUUCAACUUUGUACUUAACCAGUCUCCCAACAAUGUUCCCUCUCUUCUUGGCAAAGCCUGCAUAGCAUUCAACCGCAAAGAUUACAGAGGAGCGCUGGCAUUCUAUAAGAAGGCACUGAGAACUAACCCCGAUAGCCCUGCGGCAUUGCGGUUAGGGAUGGGGCAUUGCUUUAUGAAGUUAAAUAACCAAGAAAAAGCUAGGAUGGCUUUUGAAAGAGCUCUACAGUUGGACCCACAAUGUGUGGGUGCGCUAUGCGGGCUGUCCAUCCUCAAGCUUAAUCUGCAAGAGAACGAGUCAAACAAGAUGGCUGUGAUAAUGUUGUCAAAGGCGUACGCCAUAGACCCCAAGAACCCUAUGGUGUUGAACCAUUUGGCGAACCACUUCUUUUUCAAAAAGGACUACAGCAAAGUACAACACUUAGCGCUCCACGCGUUCCACAAUACAGAGAAUGAGGCCAUGCGCGCAGAGUCAUGCCACCACCUGGCGCGAGCGUUCCACGCGCAGGGCGACUGCGACCAGGCCUUCCAGUACUACUACCAGGCGACACAGUUCGCGCCGCCCAACUUCGUGCUGCCGCACUACGGGCUGGGGCAGAUGUAUAUCUAUAGAGGAGACACUGAGAACGCCGCCCAAUGCUUCGAGAAAGUCCUGAAAGUCCAGCCCGGCAACUAUGAGACCAUGAAGAUCCUCGGCUCGCUGUAUGCCAAUUCAGCCUCGCAGUCCAAGAGGGACAUAGCCCGGCAGCACUUGAAGAAAGUCACCGAACAGUUCCCCGAUGAUGUGGAGGCUUGGAUCGAACUGGCCCAAAUAUUGGAGCAGAAUGACUUACAGGGAUCCCUGAAUGCAUACACCACCGCUAUGAAGAUCCUGAAAGAGAAGGUGAACGCUGACAUCCCUGCGGAGAUAUUAAAUAACGUAGCGGCCCUACACUACCGGCUAGGCAACCUACAUGAGGCUAAGACAUACCUCGAGGAAGCGCUAGAAAGAGAGAAAGUAGACGCGGAAACACUAGACGCCCAGUAUUACAAGUCCAUAGCUGUGACGACCACAUACAACCUGGCCAGGCUCAACGAAGCACUGUGCAUGUACAACAAGGCUGAGAAACUGUAUAAGGACAUUCUGAAAGAGCAUCCCAAUUAUAUUGAUUGUUAUUUGAGGUUAGGUUGCAUGGCGCGCGACAAAGGGCAGAUCUACGAGGCGUCGGACUGGUUCAAGGAGGCGCUCAAGGUGAACACGGAGCACCCAGACACGUGGUCGCUACUCGGGAACCUGCACCUCGCGCAGCAGGAAUGGGGCCCCGGCCAGAAGAAGUUCGAGAGGAUACUGCAGAACUCUGCCAACGCCAGCGACGCUUACUCGCUCAUAGCUUUAGGUAACGUGUGGCUCCAGACCCUGCACCAACCGUCCAGAGAGAAAGACCGAGAGAAGCGACACCAAGAGCGAGCUUUAGCCAUGUACAAGCAAGUUCUGAAGGUGGACGUCAAGAAUAUUUGGGCUGCUAACGGCAUUGGCUGCGUUCUUGCACAUAAGGGUUGUGUGAACGAAGCUCGCGAUAUCUUCGCCCAAGUGCGAGAGGCCACGGCGGAUUUCCCGGAUGUUUGGAUGAACAUCGCUCAUAUAUAUGUGGAACAGAAACAACACAUCAACGCUAUUCAGAUGUACGAGAACUGCAUCCGCAAGUUCCGAAUGCACCACGACGUGGAAUGGCUUACCUGGCUCGCGCGCGCUCACGGCCUCGCCGGCCGACCGCAGGCCGCCAGGGCUGCCUUGUUACGAGCGAGGAGAGUCGCACCACAUGACACAGCCCUAUUGUAUAAUGCGGCACUCACACUGAGGAGGCUCGCGUCACACGUGUUGAAAGACGAGAGGAGUUCAUUGGAUGUCGUGUUAAGAGCGGUACAUGAGUUGCAGGUGUCACACAAAUACUUCCAACGACUAGCCUCAACAGAGAGCGGCGAAGGCGCCGAGCGAGCCCGCUACGAACCCGCGGCCGCCGCCGCCGAAGCUCGAACAUGUGCCGACCUGCUCUCUCAAGCGCAGUGGCACGUGGCCAGAGCGAGACGGCAACACGACGAGGAGGUCACUAUGCGCGACCGACAGAGAGAGCAGAGGGAAGCCUUCAGGAAGCAACAGGAAGACGAACGCCGCCGCCGCGAGGAACAACAGCAAAAGAGCACCGUCGAGCAACUGCAGAAGAGACAAGAGUUCAAGGAGAAGACGAAAAACGCCCUGUUGUUCGCGGACAUGCCGCUCGAGGAGAAGAGGAAAGGGGGCAGGGGGAGGAGGAAGGACGAAUACGUGUCGGAUUCGGGCAGCGGCAGCGACCGGCCUAAUGAGGAGAAACGGGAGAAAAAAAAGAAGAAAGAGAAAGGCGAGAGCCGUAAGAAGCGCCGCGACCGCGCCUCGGGCUCCGACAGCGACCGCCCGCCCACCAAGCGAGGCCGCAAGGCAAAAAAAGGGGGUAAAAGAGAAAAAGCGGCGGACGAGAAGCUCAGCGCCAAACAGCGGCUCAAGAUCGUCUCCAAGGAGACCAUCUCCACGUCCGAGUCCGACUCGGACGCGGGCAGUCGCCGCUCGCGCAGUCGCAGCGGCAGUCGCAGUCCUCGCCGCUCGCGCAGUCGCAGUGGCAGUCGCAGUCCGCCUGCUAAAGGAGGCAGGAAGAGAAUUAUGUCCAACAGCGAUAGCGACAGGUCCCGUUCCAAAAGCCGUUCGAAAUCCCGCAGCCGAUCUCGCUCCGGCUCAGCCAAGAGCCGGUCCCGUUCAAAGAGCCGGUCCCGUUCCAAGAGCCGCUCCCGUUCAAAGAGCCGCUCGCGGUCCAAGUCUGGCUCGCGUUCAAAGAGCCGGUCCCGUUCCAAGAGCAGGUCCCGGUCGAAGAGCGGUUCAAGAUCGAAGAGCAGGUCGAGGUCGAAGAGCAAGUCGAGGUCGAAGAGCAGGUCGAGAUCGAAGAGUCGUUCGAGGUCCAAGAGUGGGUCAAGGUCCAAGAGUCGGUCAAGGUCGCGGUCCAAGAGCCGGUCGAAGUCGCGGUCCAAGAGCCGGUCGAGGUCACGGUCGAAGAGCCGGUCGAAGAGCUGCUCGAGAUCAAAGAGCAAGUCGCGUUCCAAAUCUCGCUCCCGGUCCAAGAGCGGGUCCCGGAGCGGCUCUUCCCGCCCCGACACACCCGUCUCCAGGAAGUCCGUGUCCGCCAGCGAAGACGACAACUAGACUCCU